CGCAGUUCCCCAGGCCAGAGCGCCCGCGGACGCGGCGACGCGGCGCGGGGACCGAGAGGAGCUCGGGCUCCACAGCCUCCCUCCCCUCCCCUCCCUUCGCUGUCGUCUUCUCCUUCUCAGCCGGACCGGAACUAUGUGAUCCCGGAAGUUCCGGGGCCAUUGCUGUGUGGGAUAAACAGUAAUGGCGGAGGCUGCGGCUCCCGGAACAACAGCCACAACAUCAGGAGCAGGAGCGGCAGCGGCGGCGGUGGCAGCGGCCUCCCUCACCCCUAUCCCCACAGUCGCUGCCCUGUCCCCGGGGGUGGGCGGAGGGGGCGGCGGCAGCGACGGCAGCGGCGGCGGCUGGACGAAACAGGUCACCUGCAGAUAUUUUAUGCAUGGGGUUUGUAAGGAAGGAGAUAACUGUCGAUACUCCCAUGACCUCUCCGACAGUCCAUAUGGUGUAGCGUGCAAGUAUUUUCAAAGAGGGUACUGUGUUUAUGGAGACCGCUGCAGAUAUGAACACAGCAAGCCACUGAAACAGGAAGAAGUGACUGCUACAGAUCUGAGUGCGAAACCGCCCCUUAGCGCUUCCUCAAGUCUCUCUUCGGGAGUUGGACCACUCGCAGAAAUGAAUCCAGGCGAAGUGGAGUCAAGACACCCAGACUUUGCAGCUGUAGGAGCAGGUUCAGAGGACUGGGUGAAUGCCAUUGAGUUUGUCCCCGGGCAGCCCUACUGUGGCCGUACUGCCCCUUCCUGCACUGAAGUACCCCUGCAGGGCUCAGUGACCAAGGGAGAGUCAGAGAAGGAGCCAGCUGCGGUGGAGACAAAGAAGCAGCUUUGCCCCUAUGCUGCAGUGGGAGAGUGUCGCUAUGGGGAAAACUGUGUGUAUCUCCACGGAGACUCCUGUGACAUGUGUGGCCUGCAGGUCCUACACCCAAUGGAUGCUGCCCAGAGGUCACAACACAUAAAAUCUUGCAUUGAGGCCCAUGAGAAGGACAUGGAGCUCUCUUUCGCUGUGCAGCGCAGCAAGGACAUGGUAUGUGGGAUCUGCAUGGAGGUGGUCUAUGAGAAAGCCAACCCCAGCGAGCGCCGCUUCGGGAUCCUGUCCAACUGCAACCAUACCUACUGUCUCAAGUGUAUCCGCAAAUGGAGAAGUGCUAAGCAAUUUGAGAGCAAGAUCAUAAAGUCCUGCCCCGAAUGCCGGAUCACAUCUAACUUUGUCAUUCCAAGUGAGUACUGGGUGGAGGAGAAAGAAGAGAAGCAGAAACUCAUUCAGAAAUACAAGGAGGCCAUGAGCAACAAGGCGUGCAGGUAUUUUGAUGAAGGACGUGGGAGCUGCCCAUUUGGAGGGAACUGUUUUUACAAGCAUGCGUACCCUGAUGGCCGUAGAGAGGAGCCACAGAGACAGAAAGUGGGAACAUCAAGCAGAUACCGGGCCCAACGGAGGAGCCACUUCUGGGAGCUCAUUGAGGAGAGAGAGAACAACCCCUUUGACGACGAAGAGGAGGUUGUCACCUUUGAGCUGGGCGAGAUGUUGCUUAUGCUUUUGGCUGCAGGUGGGGACGACGAGCUGACAGACUCUGAGGACGAGUGGGACUUGUUUCACGAUGAGCUGGAGGAUUUUUAUGACUUGGAUCUAUAGCAGCUUUGCGUGGCGUGUGAACUGGUCUGCGGAGCCUCAGACAGUAGCUGUCCCCUGUGCUGUGUGGCAGUGUGUGUGGCUCUCCUAGGCAGGCCUCUCAAACUCCAGGUGCUGUCGUGAUCACUACCCAGGGCCUGUUCCUACCCCUCACCUUUCCCUAAGAGUGUGUUGUUUUCUCUGUUUCAAAAGUUACAAAAAUAAAUCUUAAAGUUA